UUCCCACAGAUAUGCAAGGAAUUAUUUGAGGACACAGAACCUUGGCAGGUUCGCUAGAGCCAACCGAUGGAAGUCAUUAACCGUGAAGUCAUUCAAGUCCUUUUUGGCCAUAUUUUUCAACAUGGGCAUCUUGAAGAAGGCUUCGAUUGAAGAGUAUUGGAACUCUAUGAUGCCAAGUCAGGUUUCAUCGUGGUUUAAAACAGUAUCAUCUAGGAAUACUUUUCAAAACAUCUUGAAGUUCCUGCACGUAGCUGAUCAUGAAAGAAUGGUAGACAGACAGCAUCCAGCAUAUGAUCCGGCGUCUCGAUUCAAACCGCUGUUAACCUUCAUAAACAGAACCUUCACAAGAUUAGUGAUUCCAAACCAGGAGUUAUGCAUUGACGAAACCUUAGUCUCAGCAAGAGGGCAUAGUAUAAUGCGACAGUACAUUCCUUCUAAAGCCGCAAAAUUUGGCAUAAAAUUUUGGAUGCUUUGUGAGGCGGCCACUGGUUAUGUUCUACAAAUGAAUGUAUAUAGAGGUCGACACUUUGAUCCAACUCCAAGAGGAGAAUUACAGGGAACAAAUGUAGUGCUUAGCCUUUUAAGAGAUUCCUCGCUUUUUAACAAGGGAUACCACGUGUUUUGUGACAGUUUUUUUACCUCCAUCAAUCUCGCAUCAAAUCUCCUCGCACACAAUACUUAUGUUACAGGAACACUGCGCAAAAACCGACCAAUGCCACGCACGAUUCAAAAAGCAGAUCCCCUCGCUGGAACUGCCAUUUAUAUGCGACAGAGAGAGACUUUAUGUGUAGCGUAUAAAGACGCAGUGGAUAAGAAACCAGUGCGUAUGUUGAGCACAUUCCUCCCGGCGCAGGACCUCCACAACGGACGCCCGAGAAUAGUCGACCAGUAUAACAGGUACAUGGGAGCCGUCGAUUCUUCCGACGCUGUUAUGAGCGCAUAUAGCGGACUUUGGCGAAACAAAAAAGUGUGGAAAAAAGUGGUAUUGCAUCUAUUUCAUCGCAUCAUGAUGAAUGCGUACCUACUGUGCAAAAACAACACUUCUGAUCGAGUAGUGCCACGUCUUAAGUUCAUUCAACACGUGAUUGAAGAUCUGGCUGGAGUUCAGCGCAAUAUCGAGAGGCCAAGACAAAGAAACCGUGUCGAUAUCCUCCCGCGGCGGAAAGAAAAAGACUGUUGCGUUUGCUCAAACCGUGCCCGUGGAGGUAUAAGACGUCGCAGUCGAACCGCGUGUAUUCUAUGUAAGAGAGGUCUACACAGAGAGUGCGUCAGACAACACCAAUGUAUAGAGCUGUAGUUUCUCAGAUUGAAACUAGUUUGAGCUCAAUAUUGUACAGGAAAACGAAAUGAUCUUUAUGAUCAAGACACGUAUAGGCCUAUGAUUUUCUCUUCAAGCGAGGCUAAACUUUGAAAUAGACAGAGUCCAUUUCAUUAUUUUGCAUUGUGUCCCUCACGAACAUUUGUCAAAGAUAGGAUUUAGACAUUUGUAAUCGUAUUAAUAAAUAUUGUUUAAUCGUACAUUUUAUUAUUUAUGACUAUCAACAACUGCUGCAGCAUAUAACAACAUUC